UGCUUUACGACUGUUUGGAUAGACGCGCCGGGCCGGCGUUUUCUGCUCGCUACUUCUCUGAUCCACACGUGGGCCGCUGUUGGUGUUGUGGCCAGAAAUUCAUUCCUAUUGGCGUGGACCAGCCAUAUUGAAGGACAGAGUGGCAACGGAGAUCAAGGAUCUUGAACUGAUGGAUUUUGCAGCUGAAAAUGAGGAGACGUUGGGAGGAGGUCUCCAGAGUGGAGCUGAAGGGGCGCGGCUAAGUCUCGAGUCACAUGGAGAGAGAGCCAGGGGCACAGUAGGGACCGAGGAGGCCGGCAGUGGAGAGGCGGGGAAUGGACUGACCGGAAUGGGGAAGACAGGGGAAGGGGAAGAAGGAAAUGGACCAAAGGCAGAGGAGGUGCGAGUGAACCUAGCAGUUGUGAAGCAAGAAGUAAUGGACUGGUCAGAAAUGGAAGAAGGUAUGCGGAAUGACCAGUGGGUAAAGCAGGAGGUGGAGGAUGGGCCUGAGGUGAAAGAGGAAAAACCAGGCACGUUGGAGGUGAAGCAGGAGACGGAUAGUAGUUUGAUGGUAAAAGAAGAGAAGGUGGAAGAACCAGAGCUAAAGGAAGAGAAAGUGAAGGUGAAGGAAGAAGUGAUGGACUGGCUGGAAGUGAAGGAAGAGAAGAAAGAUAGCUUGAAGAUUAAAGGGGAGGAGAUGUUUCUUGAUCAGAACGUAAAGAAGGAGGAAAUAAUGGAUGAAGUGUGUGUAAAAGAAGAGAAGUACUUCCCUAAAGAAGAAGUGAUGGAUGAUACAAAGGUGAAAGAAGAGCCUCAGAUAAAUCCCCCAGUGGGCUCCAAGCGGAAACUAGCCAUGUCAAGAUGUGAAACUUGUGGUACAGAAGAAGCAAAGUACAGAUGUCCACGUUGUAUGCGCUAUUCCUGCAGUUUGCCCUGUGUAAAGAAACACAAAGCAGAACUGACAUGUAAUGGAGUUCGAGAUAAAACUGCGUAUGUUUCAAUGCAACAAUUUACUGAAAUGAAUCUCCUAAGUGAUUAUCGAUUCUUGGAAGAUGUAGCAAGAACAGCAGACCAUAUUUCUAGAGAUGCUUUCUUAAAAAGACCAAUAAGCAAUAAACAUAUGUACUUUAUGAAAAAUCGUGCUCGAAAGCAAGCUAUUAACUUAAAACUUCUACCCAAUGGAUUCACCAAAAGGAAAGAAAAUUCAACAUUUUUUGAUAAGAAAAAACGACAGUUUUGUUGGCACGUGAAGCUCCAGUUUCCUCAGAGUCAAGCUGUGUAUGUAGAAAAAAGAGUACCAGAUGAUAAAACUAUUAAUGAAAUCCUAAGACCUUACAUUGAUCCUGAAAAGUCUGAUCCUGUAAUUCGUCAAAGGUUGAAAGCCUAUAUUCACUCUCAGACUGGGGUCCGAAUUUUAAUGAAGGUAGAAAAUAUGCAGCAAAAUUUAGUAAGAUAUUAUGAAAUGGAUCCUGACAAAAGUCUCCUUGACAAUUUGAGGAACAAAGUGAUCAUUGAGUACCCAACAUUACAUGUGGUAUUAAAAGAAUACAGUAAUGACAUGGAAGUUCUUCACCAAGUGAAAGGUGAAUCUACUAAGAACAUUGGCAAUUAAAAUUGAGCACUUCUUUUGGAGGAAGAACAUGAAAAUUCCCAGACAAUCGCAGAGGACCUUGUUGGAAGAUUUGGGGGUAUUGUCACUUGGUGGUUGGAAUUUUUUGUUUCUCUGAAAAGUAAUUAAACAGUCU